AUGCUGAAGUUGUCAAGAAGUGCCAAUCUAAGAUUGGUCCAAUUGCCAGCCGCAAGAUUAAGUGGCAAUGGCGCUAAAUUGCUCACUCAAAGGGGAUUCUUUACUGUAACGCGCUUAUGGCAGUCAAAUGGCAAGAAACCAUUAAGCAGAGUACCUGUGGGCGGUACUCCCAUUAAGGAUAACGGCAAAGUGCGAGAAGGCUCGAUCGAGUUUUCCACGGGAAAGGCCAUUGCUCUAUUCCUAGCAGUCGGUGGGGCACUUUCUUAUUUCUUCAACAGGGAGAAACGCAGAUUGGAAACACAGAAGGAGGCUGAAGCAAACAGAGGAUACGGUAAACCUUCACUUGGGGGACCCUUCCAUCUGGAGGAUAUGUAUGGCAAUGAGUUUACGGAGAAAAACCUUCUCGGUAAGUUUUCUAUAAUAUACUUUGGGUUUAGUAACUGUCCUGACAUCUGUCCUGAUGAACUGGAUAAGCUAGGUCUAUGGCUUAAUACACUCUCUUCAAAGUAUGGUAUUACUCUGCAGCCAUUAUUUAUAACUUGUGAUCCAGCAAGAGACUCCCCUGCUGUAUUGAAAGAGUAUUUGAGCGACUUUCAUCCCUCCAUCCUGGGUUUGACGGGGACGUUCGAUGAGGUGAAGAACGCAUGCAAGAAGUACAGAGUAUACUUUUCUACGCCUCCAAACGUCAAACCGGGCCAAGAUUAUUUGGUAGACCAUUCCAUCUUCUUUUAUCUCAUGGACCCUGAAGGACAGUUUGUUGAUGCUUUGGGUAGAAAUUAUGAUGAAAAAACGGGCGUGGACAAGAUCGUGGAACACGUUAAGAGUUAUGUGCCUGCAGAGCAGCGCGCCAAGCAGAAGGAGGCAUGGUACUCCUUCUUAUUCAAAUAA